AUGAAUUGGUGCAGUAGCUUUUAUUUUGGUUUAAUUGUAGCCUUUCUGACCCUGGUUGUAGUUCAAUGUACUGAGUUAACAUUCGAGUUGGAAGACAACGCUAGACAGUGUUUCUAUGAGGAUUUAAAGAAAGACGUCAAAGGAACGCUGGAAUUUCAGGUUAGCACUCGAUUCAUGUUGUAUGUGAGAACUGCAAUUUCUUGGAAACCAAGCUGUUUGUCUUCCUUUUAUAAAGAACGUAACUAGCUCCCACACGUGCUGAAAUGUACCGGCUUCAACAAACACUCAUUAACGUUUUGUCUUUGUAUUGGUCAGUUCAACAGGAGCUUACUUAUCAUAAGUUCAAAAUUCAAGAGCGAGAUUUUUUUUCUUAACGCGACUGAAAAUCGUUUACAUAAGCAAAAGCCUAAAGGCUAAAGACUAUACUCUUUAAUGAGAGAUUUUAGAAGGUGUUUACCUCCAAACAGGGAACGUUGGAUUGGAUCGUUACGUUAUCUAGUGUUGAUUGGGUUAAUUUGAUAAUAUUGGAUAUAACGGAGCUAAAUUGUAUCAUUUUAGGUUUUUUAUUGAUGAACCAUAUACAACGGUACUGCAUUUAGAUGAUUGCGAGGACAAAUAGAAUAGAAAACAUAAUUAUACACGUUACAUUCAGGUUAAAAUGUUUUUACCUAGGUUGAUUCUAAUAUAUUGCUUACCAUUAAAAAGCUAACAGAAACAUUUUGUCAAAGUGAACCAGAUAUUUGCAGUAGAAUAAACAACUUAAGUGGUUGAAAAAGGAACCUGAAAAAUUUGAAGCUUGACCAGGAAUCAAACCCUGACCUCUGUGAUGGCUGGAUGCUACGCUCUAUCCGUCGCAAAGGUGAGGGUUCGAUUCCCAGUCAAGCCUGAGUUCUUUUAGGUUCCUUUUUCAACUUCUUACAUUGUUCAUUCCACUAUGAAGAUCAUGUUCACUUUCAUAUUGUGUGGUUCCAGAAAAUAUCCAUACCCCCCCCACGGAAGACCAUUGGAAAUUCCGAGGGGGAGGGGGGGUUCAAAGGCAGUAAUUUCCGAGGGGUAUGGGGGGUUCAUGGGAAACUAUUUUCCAAGGGGUGAGAGACCAUGUACAAAACAUUGAAAGCAACGUACGAUCGAUCUCAAGCACAAAAACAUACCUACGUACGUUGUUUUGAAAAAAAAGUCGGUACUCCUGGCCAUUGACAUGAGGUUAACAUCAUUAGCUUUAAUGUUUCUGUUUUUCUUUGAGUUCGCUAGCGCUACAAUCUCCAGAAGAACGAUGUGUCUUUGGAACGAAGUCGAAAACGAUUGAAAAUGGCGGACAUAACUGGAGUCUUCUCUUCGUCUCGUCUUCGUCCGACCGACAUUAAAGUGCUUUCACUUCUGUUCACUGAGUAUCCCUUUUCGCUUCCUUGACAUGCAUGACACACAUUUUUGAUAGGUUUCAUGUUUUAUCAGCGUUUACUGUGCGUGGAAACUCAUGAAAAAUGCGAUGAGACGAGAAUACUUUCGUUCCCAUUUCUUGCUCGACCUUCACAAGGCCCGGCUACCUGGCUAGUAAAUUCUGCAAUCGUGACGACGUUCACGAAAUCUAGCGCAUUGGCAUGUACGUGUUGGUGAAGUUUUCGGCCCUUAAAUAAUAGUCAACCUGAAGAAACUGACAAAAUCUGUAGAAAUAAAAACAGCCAGACAGGAACCUUGUAAGUUUCUGGGUUUUUCUUGCUACCGUUUGCAAAGUUGUUUAAGCGGGUGAAACUUACAUUUUCUUCAUAACGUUCGUGUCGCAGUAAACACAAAAACGUAGAACAAUCGACGUUUAAACUUUGCAAACCAAAUGUUUAAGCUUAAUUUAUAAGCUUACAAAAAAACAACACAGACAUAAUUUGCAAACGUGAUGGCGAAAAAGCUAAAAGUUUGGCUGAAUAAUAAACUUAACAAACGUUUACGCUGCACUGUUGUAAUAAAAUUCUUCCGUAUUUUCAUAACUGAGUUAGUAUUAACUUUCUUUGUUUUUAAGUGCCCAAACUACUUUGAAUUUCUAAAGUGUGGUAAGCGAAGUCCCCAUUUUAAAAUUCUGGAAAUUCCUGGGGGGAGGGGGGGUCAUCAAAGACCCCCUGGAACGGAAAAUCCUGGGGGGUGGGGGGGUGCAAAUCAAAGUGUCUUCCAUGGUGGGGGUAUGGAUAUUUUCUGGAACCACACAUUUUCAAAAUAUGAUUCAUUUCAUUCAAUUCAGAAACAUUUUGGGCAGGACUGCAAACUUCUUUUUCUUUUAUUUUUGUUGGAUGAAAAAAGUCUUAUAGGCAUUCAUUUUCCUGUUUAGGUCAUCAGUGGUGGAAACUAUGAUGUGGAUGUGGUUCUUUAUGAUGAAAGUGGUAAACCUUUGUACACUGUUCAAAAGAAACAGUAUGACAGUUACUCCUUCACAGCUCAAAGUGAGGGAGUCUAUAAGUUCUGCUUCAGCAAUGAAUUCUCGACAUUUAGUCACAAGGUAGUGUACUUUGACUUCCAAGCUGGAGACGAGACACCACUAACCAAGGAAAUGGGGGCCCACCAUACAGCUCUGACACAGAUGGAGACUGCUUGUGUUACUAUACAUGAAGACCUUAAGGUUUGUUCAGGAGAUGUUCUUUAAUAUAGUGCAUUUGCUUUGUAGAUCUGAAUUCUUUCAUUUCCAGGUGUCAACCGUUGUUAUAUAUUGACAUGUAAAAGCACUGCUAUUACAACGAAAUUCGUUGUAUCGCACUGCGCGACAUUUGUAACAUUUAAGCCUUAGUCUGUAGAUCAAUUUCUUUAAAUUUUUAAUAAUUUUGUUGAAUAUCGCAUGCAACAAGCUGUGAUAAUAGUAGUUGGUCUGUUGUAGAGUACUUAUUAAAUACUGUAGUCAUUUUAUUUACAUACCGAAAAGAAUCGUUUUUAUUUGUUUUCUAUUUAUACAGAUUGCAACAGACUACCAAACACACCACCGCUUACGUGAGUCCCAAGGACGGGAUAUGGCUGAGUAUCUAAAUGAAAGAAUACAGUGGUGGUCCAUUGGCGAAGCCUGUCUUAUCCUUUCUGUUGGAAUCUGUCAAGUUGUUAUUCUUCGACGAUUUUUUGCAGAAAAGAGGUCAACUAUUUAA